AUGCAAAGUAAAAUCGAGGAGGCAAGCAUUGAUAAGGAAGAAACGGACGAGUAUUUGGCAUUCCAAAGCCAAUAUGCAGAUCUGGACUCGCAGCGGAAAAAAUUCUCCGAAGAAAUCGAUAAAUAUAAGGAGGUCGAUCCCGAGCUGUUCCGUGCAAAGAGUACCAACGCAUACGAGUAG